AUGAACAGAGUGCUCCUCCUGCUGUCGGUGCUGUCUUUGGGUGUGUCCUCUCAGCAAAUCACAGACAGCCAGCGUCUGUUCUCUAUCGCUGUGAGCAGAGUUCAACACCUCCACCUGCUCGCUCAGAGACUCUUCUCCGACUUUGAGAGCUCUCUACAGACGGAGGAACAGCGUCAACUCAACAAAAUCUUCCUGCAGGAUUUCUGCAACUCUGAUUACAUCAUCAGUCCGAUCGACAAGCACGAGACGCAACGCAGCUCAGUUCUGAAGCUGCUGUCCAUCUCUUAUCGAUUGGUCGAGUCUUGGGAGUUCCCCAGUCGUUCUCUGUCUGGAGGUUCUGCUCCGAGGAACCAGAUUUCACCCAAACUUUCUGAGCUAAAGAUGGGGAUCCUGCUGCUGAUCAGGGCCAAUCAGGACGCAGCAGAAAUCUUUCCUGAUAACUCCGCCCUCCAGCUGGCUCCGUAUGGGAACUAUUAUCAAAGUCUGAGCGGUGAGGAGUCGCUGAGAAGAACCUACGAACUGCUCGCCUGUUUCAAGAAAGACAUGCACAAGGUGGAGACCUACCUGACGGUGGCUAAAUGCAGACUCUCUCCAGAAGCCAACUGCACGCUGUAG